AUGAUUGGAAACUUGGAAACACCUUCCUUCAGCUCAGGAAUUCUCUAUCAGUACCGAUACUCACUAGACAACCAACUAAGUUUCCUAUCCAGGCCAACUUUGCAGGGAAGCAAGCUUCAGGCAGAAGCUGUGGUUGAUGUGAAUCUCUUGUGGAGCAACAUCGACAAUGCAGGCGAACAACUGCUCCAAAUCCAACUCCAUGACUUACGCAUCAAUCAAGAUUUGAAAAAGAAGGAUCAGACUAGCCAAGGCCAUUCUGUAAAAGGCUCAGUGAAUGCUACUGAACUGGAGCAACCAUUUUUCCUCCAUUGGAAUAAGGGAAAGGUCAAAGCUUUCUACGUAGCCAAAGAAGAGAAACCUUUAAUUCUGGAAUUGAAACGAGGCCUUCUCAGCCUUCUCCAGUUUCAAACCCAUUCUGGAACAAUGACUGAGGAGGACAUUUCUGGAAGCUGUCAGGUUACCUAUGCUGUCUCUAAGGAUACUGUUUUGAAAACAAAAGACCUACAGACCUGCAAAAGACCCAAAUUUGGAUUCAGCACAGCUAACAAAAUUUUUGGACUCCUGUGGCAUCCCACAAGUAAAAGCCAUUACGUGAUGGAAGGAAAUCUCAUAAAGUCAGCCUCGUCUGAGGAAAAUCAUAUAAUUCACCAAGGCAUAAAGUCAUCUGUUGGAGUCGAUAUCACCUCCAGGCAACACCUUGAACUUCUGACCCAAAUGCCUGGAUCCAAAGAAUUAUCUGGAAAGAAUCUUGAGAAAGUUCUGAACUCUCUCCUGGGGAGACCUCAGCCCAUUAACCUAACCAGCCAGCCAUUCAAAAGGAUCUGCAGCGAGUGCCCGACGCUCAGAUCCUACCUGAAAACAUUGGCCAAAAAGAAGAUCGAUCUUGACCUCUCUAAAGCAUCAACUACUUGGCAUUUUUCCAGAGUUGUGCAGAUGCUGCGUAGUGCCAAGAAGAAAGAUAUCCUUCUACUACUGAAGAAAGCUCCAGAGAGUAUGUUACCCUUCUACAUUGAAGCUGCGAUAGCUGCCCAUUCAACACCUUCCUUAGUAGCAGUGACUGAAUUUAUGGAUUUGCAGGGCAGAAAGCAAUCGUCCUUGUUGGAAAACUUCCUCUACGCUGCAGCUUUGUCUCCUCGUCCUUCCAAGGAACUUUUCAAUCUGGUGCUUGACAGUCUAAACAACAAAUACCUCAAUCAAGCCACUUCAGAAAUAGGAAACAUGAUCAUUGGCAGUCUCGUGGGCAAAUUGUGUCAGAUGAACCAAUGUGACCUAAAGGAAGUCAGCCUUGCAAAGGAAACCAUCCUGAAAAAACUUCAUCGCUCCAAGACGGACUCGUGGAAGAUGAUGUACCUGUUGUCUCUGAAAAGUACUCUGCUCCCAGAAUUCAUCCCCACCUUCCUGUAUUAUGCAGAGGAAGGCUCAUCCUCCAUCUCAGCUGCAGCGUUGACAGCUCUAAAGAGAUACAGUACAGAGCACAUCACAAGCACGGUUAAAAUGGCAAUGAAACGCAUUUUCUACCAAGUUCAGAGAAAGUAUCAAAAAAAUUCAAGGUUGGCAGCUGCAGAAAUCCUCUUGGACAACAGUCCCUCACACAUGGACUUCAUCAAUAUCCUGUUGGCCAGCAGAGCACUUUCACCAGAAAUGCAGAGAUUUAUAUUGUCCAAAAUUCUAGGCAUUAUGUCUUCUGAUAACCAUCCAACCAGGCAGGUGAUCAAAGAUGUCUUGAAGGAUCCAAGGAUAAAUAAUUACUACUACUUCUCACCCAAAGAUGGCAGAUCCAUCUCUUUCUCAGGAUUAUUAGCAGCCACUGAAGAUGCAUCUUCUACUUUUGGUGUGGAACUCUUGUUCUCAGAUCUUGGUUUACUUCAAAAGAGCACCACUAAUUUUGAUAUUGAAAGUCAUGGCCACCGGCUCCAAGCAGCUCAGGUGGUUGUUGAAGCAAAAGGGCUUGAAGGAAUGUUGGAGGAAGAUGCAACUGAGGAACAGGACUUUACAGCUGGCAUGUCUGCCAGUUUGCUUGACGUCCCAUUACGGCCAGUGACCUUCUUUGAUGGAUAUCCAGAACUAAUGUCAAAAAUGCUUAUGAGCCCAGGAAAGCCUAUGAACGUGGUCAAAGGGAACCUGCUGUUGGUGGAUCAUCAAGAGGCAGUUCCACUUCAAUCCGGGUUGCAAGCUGUGAUUACUCUUCAAGUUGGACUGGGCUUAGAUAUUUCAGCUGAUCUCAACAUGGAUAUGUGGGAGCAGAAAUUCAAUACAAGUAUUAAAUCAAGAGGUGCGCUGAUUGUUGAUUUCCAAGCAGAAUUGGAUACUUCCUUCUUCCAAGCCACACUUAAAAGCCAAUCAGACAUAGAACUGAGCACAAAUGUUGACAUUCUUGCUAGACUUACUUUGGGCCCCAUGACUAUGUGUCUGCAGCUUGCAAAGCAACCAGCCUCUUACAGGGAGAAGUUUUUCAUCUCUGAAUCGUCUGCAAACUAUAACACCCACGUUCGCAAAGGGAGACGGGGUACCAUGCCUGGGCAUGGAUUUCCUUUCUACAGAGCCAACUCUGAAAUGUGUAAAGACCUGCUCGCAGGGAAAAAUUAAUAAUAAAAGCAGCGUGGGGUUUGUUGUA